AUGAGCUCUUACUUUGUAAACUCGUUCUCAGGGCGCUAUCCAAAUGGCCCCGACUAUCAGUUGCUAAAUUAUGGGACCAGCAGUUCUAUGAACGGUUCUUACAGAGAUUCAAGCACCAUGCAUUCCAGCUCGUAUGGCUACAACUACAAUGGGAUGGACCUUAGCAUCAACAGCUCAGCCUCUUCUAGCCACUUUGGGGCUGUGGGGGAAAGCUCCCGCGGCUUCCCUUCACCAGCUCAGGAGAGCAGGUUUAGGCAAGCGUCUAGCUGCUCCUUGUCCUCUCCCGAGCCCCUUCCGUGCGCCAACAGCGAGAGCCAUGGAGGCAAAUCUGCCCCGUCCCCCUCCGACCAGGCUACUUCUGCUAGCGCUAACACAAAUUUCACAGAAAUAGACGAGACCAGCGCGUCCUCUGGACCCGAAGAGGGCACUCAAAUAAACAGCAGCAUUCCCAGGACACAGACAGAACCCAUCGCUACCUCCACAGCAGCAACAGAAGGGCAAACACCACAGAUAUUUCCUUGGAUGAGGAAGCUUCAUAUUAGCCAUGACAUGACUGGACCAGACGGUAAAAGGGCCAGGACCGCGUACACUCGUUACCAGACGCUGGAAUUGGAAAAGGAAUUUCACUUCAAUAGAUAUCUCACGCGCAGGAGGAGGAUAGAAAUCGCCCAUGCUCUGUGUCUCUCCGAGAGGCAAAUUAAAAUCUGGUUCCAAAACCGGAGAAUGAAGUGGAAGAAAGAUAAUAAACUGAAAAGCAUGAGUUUAGCCUCUGCGGGCAGCGCCUUCCAGCCAUAAAUUAUAGAGAAAGGGGGUAUCAAAAAAAAGGGGGGGAUAAUAAAAGCAAAUUUAAAAAGCAGCAGCCUAUCUAAGUUUCAGAGUACUGUACAGUGAGGCACCUUUUUCGGCAUGUUGUUGCUGUUUGAAACAACUGGUAUGGUACUGUUAUCACAGGACUGAGUUCAUGUUGUGUUUUUAAAUUUUUUUAAAAUAUUUUUUUUUAAUUAAAGUUUAUUUCCAGAUGCUCCUCCAUGCUCUUGAUGUUCUUCUAAAUGUUUGUGCCAGUGCUAUCUUGAUGCUCUCUGGAAAGCUAGCAUGUUUUAUGUGAGCCCUUUGAAUGUUAUAACUUAUUUAUAAAAUGGAUAACAGAUACGGUUGUUUGUUUAUUUGUUGGGUUUUUUUCCUGAGUUUACAGCUUCUGGGGGGAGGUCUUCUCUGCCUGAGCUAAAAUCGGGGGUUCCUGCACUACAAUAGCAGAAAAAAAUAAAAAAACAAACAAAAAAUGUAAAAAAAAAUAUAGCUCUUGUAUCUUUUUGUCUUAAAAUUGUCAAGUCUGUGAUUUAGUUCAAACUCCAGGACAUGGUUUCUAGUCCCAGACUAAUUCUGAGACAUGUUCUUAGACGUGGGUAAACUUCACUAUUAAAAAAAAUGUAUAAAAUUGGACCAACAAUAAAGUGUUCCAAUGUUUGUAAAUACUAGAAAUAUUUCUGAUGUGACUAAUAGACGGUUUGUAGUGGGCAGAGUGAAUGCAGUGUUAUGUGUAAAAUGGCAUCUGUCAUGUCUAGCUGCCUGUUAGUAUUUUGCCAAGAAGCUUUUUGUAUUUGUUUGUAGCUUUACUGGAAGUCAAAUAAACGUCUCUGCUAUUCA